UUUAUGUCAGUCCAAAGCUGAUGACGAUGACGAUGAUGAUGGACAUGCGGGUCAUGGAGGUCUGAUGGUGAACCCGGUGUCUGACUUCAUCACGUCCGCAGAGUUCGGCACCGUGCGCUCGGUUUGUAAACCGGUGCCGAACACGAUGGGUUUGUGCUCCGGUAUCGGGUACCGAGAGAUGCGCCUGCCGAACCUGCUGGGUCACGACAGCCCGAGAGAAGCGCAACAACAGUCCGCCGCCUGGAUGCCGCUGCUCGGCAAACACUGUCACCGGGACACGCAGCGAUUCCUCUGUUCUCUCUUCGCGCCCGUGUGUUUACCGGACAUCACGGCUCCGGUGCGUCCGUGUCGGAGGCUCUGUGAAGCGGUGCGGGACGCGUGUCUGCCCGUCAUGAGCGCGUUCGGCUUUCCGUGGCCGGAGAUGUUCAACUGCAGUCGCUUUCCUGAUGGAUCGGAGCUCUGCGUCCCCGGAGAGAAAGACCCGAACCCGCCGGAAACCACCGACAUGCCCAAAGGUCCUGCCAUGUGUGAGGUGUGCAGUCCAGAUUCAGAGGCUGAGAGAGAGAUCCAACAGAACUUCUGUAAGAGUCAGUUUGCAUUCAGACUGCGGAUCGGCUCUUCGUCUCUGGACGGGCCAGAUGUGCGUGUGUUCCCACAGGGGAGGAGUCGUGUUCUUCGCUGGAAGGCGGGGCAGCAGGAGCAGCAGUCUGCAAUGACGCAGAGCGCCCUCUGGCUGCUGGAGGGCCAAAACUGCUCCUGUCAGGCACUGGCUGGGCCCCUCGCAGGGUCCUACAUCGCCCUGGGUGACAUGCAGAACGGACGUAUGGUCCUCAGGAGACUUGUCAAAUGGUCUCGCGAUGAGAAAGAGCUGAAGAAGUUUAUCAGGACGCUGAUGAGACAAGUCUGCUGAGGUCACGACCACCGGAUGGACAAAUGGACCAAUCAGAGCGAAGCAGAAUAAAGUUAUUAAUUAAACAAUAAGAAUAAACACAUAAACAUGCAGGGUUCUGAAACAGUGAAGACGUCAGUGAAGCGUUUAGAGAAUCUAUACAUGAACAUUAAUGAUGUUUUUAAACUUUGUUUUACGCCAUUCUUUCAAACGUUGAAUAAAAGUUGCAUGUGAUUGCGUGUGUUGUGCGUCUCUUUCUGUCAAGUGUUAUUGCAGUUUGUUCCUCCUGCAGCGUUUGAGAUCCCUCAAAUAAAACCUUCAUGCAACCUCGAGGCAACACUCAGGUAACCUCCCACAGCAGUUGUUUCGGUGUCAUCUCUGUGGGAUGGAUUUCCAUGUAAUGAGACG